AUGUCAUUAAGUAAGUCAGAUUCUGGCUCAAUUUCAACUGAUCGCAUUAGUGAUCAUUGCCUUGUAUAUGAUAUUUGUCUAUGUCCAAUUUGUCAAAAUAUACUAUGGAAACCAGUUGCUUGUAAAGUAUGUGAAAAUGCCUUUUGUUCAAAAUGUAUUACAACUUGGUUGUACAAACAAUAUAGAAGUCGACCAAUUUGUCCGUUUAACUGUAACUAUCGUGAACGAAAAUGUCCGUCAAUUUUGUUAAAUUUGUUGUCAAAAUUAAAAGUUGAUUGUCGAUACAAAUCAAUAGGAUGUGAAAAUAUUAUAUGUUAUGAAGCAUUGGAACGACAUGAAGAUGAAUGCCAGUAUCAAAUGAAACAAUGUAAAGGAUGUGAAAAAAGUAUAUUACUUAAAGAUCUUGAUGAUCAUGAAAAUGAAUGUGAUAUGAUUGAUGUUAUCUGCUGUAAAUGUCAAUAUGUUUACAAACAAAAAGAAAUGAAAAAUCAUAAUCAAAUUAGAUGUUUAGAGAAUAUAAUGGAGCGAAAAAUGGAAGAGGCAUUAAAAAAACAACAACAAAUGUUUGAACAAAAACUAAAAUUAUUAGAAGAAAAUUACAGAGAAAAAUUAUCACAAGAUGGUCGACAAAUUAAUAAUCAUCAUUCAAAUUAUAGUGGCGAUAAUCUUUGUAUACACAAUCGAAAACAUUGUUCAGUGAUUGAAAUAAAACAGUCCACAAUUAGACAACAAAAACGAAGGCACAAUGCUCCUUUUAAUCCAUUCAUUUUUUAUAAAUGA